AUGGAAAACUUGCAAGAUCGAAAUCCAAGCAAGUAUUUGGAUUGGAAAAUGCGCGUCAACAUCAUUUGGGGAAUAGCUCAUGGGCUUCUUUAUCUUCACCGCGACUCCAGAUUGAGGAUCAUCCAUAGAGAUUUAAAACCCAGCAAUAUUCUUUUAGAUGAUGAGAUGAACCCCAAAAUAACUGACUUUGGCUUGGCAAGGAUUAUUGAAGGCAAAAACACUGGGUCACGCACAAUGAGAAUAGUUGGAACUUAUGGCUAUGUCGCUCCAGAGUACACACAAAGUGGAAUUUUCUCUGUCAAAUCCGAUGUUUAUAGCUUUGGUGUGGUUCUACUAGAGAUUGCGUGGAUAUUGUGGGUAAAAAACAAGGUGCUGGAUUUAGUGGCCCAAACUCUACGUGAAGUUUGCAAUGCAGAUCAAUUCGUGAAGUACAUAAAUAUUGGACUCUUAUGUGUACAAGACGACCCACAUGACUGCCCCACCAUGUCAAAUGUUGUUACCAUGCUUGGCAGUGAAGCUGCAACAAUUCCAAUUCCAAAACAGCCAACUUUUUUUCGAGGUGCAAGCCUUUCCAACACAACUAAUUUGUCAACUAGACCGCUGAAAGGUACAAAAUCAACAAUUAGUGAAAUAUAUGAUGAGGUGAAUAAUGAAAGAGAAAAGAGAGUGGGAGAGAAAAAGUCUGAUGAAGCUUUAGAGCUACAUCUUGUAUUAAAGUAUGAUAAACUAUAUUACAAUGGUCUUUAUUUAGAGGAAUGA